AAGCGAGCGGAGAGCACAUGGAAUACAAUGGAGGCAACGCAUAAAGCUCACGCGGACGCUAAGUCAAAACGCCAGUCAACUCGAGUCUCUAUUUCUUUCUCACACAUAAUAAUUUUAGCCAAUUCCUAAUUAAGAUUCACCACUCCCCUCAUUUCUCGCCCCAAAUCUACUUUCCUAAUUAUAAAGAAGAGAAAAAAAAAAUCAUUUGGCGUCGGUGGCUCCUCUCCUCAACAUUCAUCAUCCUUUUCCCGAUCCAAAAACAAACGCAAAUGACAAUGAGCAGCAACGGCGAUUCGAAAACAAGCAACGGCUCGAUCGCGAACACACCAUUCAGGAUCUUCGUCGGUUACGAUCCGCGCGAAGAUCUCGCCUACCAAGUGUGCCGCCACUCAAUCACCAAGAGAUCUUCGAUCCCCGUCGAGAUCACCCCCAUCGUCCAAUCAGAUCUCAGGGAGAAAGGCCUCUACUGGAGAGAACGCAACAACCUCGAGAGCACCGAGUUCUCCUUCACCCGCUUCCUCACCCCUCACCUCUCCGACUACCAAGGCUGGGCCAUGUUCGUCGACUGCGACUUCCUCUACCUCUCCGACAUCAAGGAGCUCGUCGAUCUCAUCGACGAUAAGUACGCGAUCAUGUGCGUCCAGCAUGACUACACUCCCAAGGAGACGACCAAGAUGGACGGCGCGGUGCAGACGGUCUACCCGAGGAAGAACUGGUCAUCCAUGGUGCUUUACAACUGUGGACAUCCGAAGAACAAGACGUUGAGCCCUGAGACUGUGAAUACUCAGACCGGUGCGUUCCUCCAUAGGUUCCAGUGGCUUGAGGAUGAGGAGAUUGGGUCUGUUCCUUUCGUCUGGAACUUUCUUGAAGGGCAUAACAGGGUCGUUGAGAAGGAUCCCGCCACGCAGCCUAAGGCCGUGCAUUUCACGCGUGGCGGGCCGUGGUUUGACGCUUGGAAGGAUUGCGAAUUCGCUGAUCUUUGGCUCGGUGAGAUGGAAGAGUACAACAAAGAAGGAGGCCCUGUGGCGGGGAAGUAGAAAAGAAGAGAAGGUAUGUUACUUUACUACUCUUGAUCAUUUGUAGAAGCCAAUGAUCACUACUACUCUUGUUGAAUUGGCUUUGGAUUUGUCAUUUUUUUUUCUCAUUGAAAUUCGUUUAAUUAUUCGCCACACUAUUACCAAUAUUAAGAGAUCUUAUGGUAAGAUUACAUAUUCGUUUUUUUUUUGUGUUGGACUUGUACCUUGUAAUGAUAUUUUAUUUGUAAUUUGAAUGAAGCAACUUAUUUUUA